GUUGUAAAAAUACGGCGUGACAAUAGAAAAUAUUGCGGUUUGAAGAACAUUGCGGCAUUGAUACUUGACAGUGUUCGCCGGACCGCCACAACGUGCAGACGUGUCGCGGCCUCACUCCACAUACCGCAGACAUACACGCGGAGCAAGCUCAAUCCGGGAAAUACAAGGAAAUCAACAAUUGAUAGACACGAAACAAACCAACCCGUGUAUGUUGCGAUUUAUCAAACAAAUCUGCACCAUGAAACCACCGACAAACGCCGCUCUGCUGCAUGAUGUCGACAUUCCAACGAAGAAGGCCACCUUCGGAAUGGGGUGUUUCUGGUCGAACGAUUCCCUGUUCGGAGUCACGCCAGGCGUCAUACGGACAAGAGUCGGCUACUCCGGUGGAACUACUAAAAGCCCGCAUUAUAGAAACAUUGGAGACCACACGGAAGUGAUAGAAAUAGAUUUCGAUCCUAAGAGCGUCACGUAUGAAGACUUGUUGGAGAUGUUUUGGGCUAACCACGAGUAUGGUCUAACUACUAAGUUGAAAAGACAGUACCAAUCCAUGAUAUUAUACCACGACGAGGAGCAGCGGAUAGCAGCCGAAGCGUCCCAUAAAGAGAUGCAAGUUCGUUGCAACGGACAGUUGAGAACUGAAAUCGCACCUGCAGGAACUUUUUAUCCAGCUGAAGACUAUCACCAAAAAUACAGAUUGCAAGGUCACAAAGAUUUGUGCCGCAGCCUUGGCCUAGAUUCUUCGAAGUUGCAAACAUCACAUUUGGCGGCAAGACUCAAUGGCUACCUCGUGGGAAUUGGCGGGAAAACGCAAUUCGAACAAGAAGUCGUGCGAUUGGGUUUGACAGAGAAACAAGCAGAAUAUGUGCGAAGAGAGUUAGAAAGGAACGAAGGUGGUGGACUCGCUUGCUAAAUGUUUUAGUAAUUCCGUAUAGAUAUACGAUUAAUUAUAUUUCUCUCUAUUUUUUUUUAAUGGAUGCAGAUUGCAAAUAAGACUCAGAUCUGAAGAAAAUUUUUUAAGGCGUUUAUUUUCAAUGUUUUUUACGCAAAUUUAAUUAUCAGUAUAUUUAAUAUGAAAAUAGUAGUAAUGUUUUAUAGAUCUGGGUCUUAUAAAUUUCGCUUUUAAAAUUAAUUAAGUAAAAUAUAUUUCAUUGCGAAAUACGAUUGUAUAACAUUUUAACUUUUUGAUAAAUUUUUGAAUACUAUAUCAGUAUAUUUUCUUUCCUCUUCUAACACAAUGGUAAAGAAAAAGAAGUAUUUUGUACUUGUCCAUUCCACGUCCUUUUUCAGGGGAUUUUUGUUAAGUUUUCGUUCCUUGUAUGGUUUAUUUAAGUAAUACAGUAUUGUAACAGAAAAAUUAAUGAUUGCACGUGAUUUGAAUUUGAUUACUUAGUUAAGAUUUUUCAAAUUUUAAAUCAUUAUUUUUGAGACAAGAUAAUUGGAAUUGUGGUUACACUAGUAGAUUAUAUUUUUAAUAGUUAAGGAAUUUAUGUACCUACACACUACAUAAAAGUAUUUUUAGAGAA